GUGUUAAUCUUAUGCAGCCUUUCACUAUCAUAGUUUAUUACUAAAGUGAUACUGCUGCCGUUUCUGUGUAACUUGCUGCUUAUUGAACUAAGCAGCACCACCAAAACAAUUCUGAGUUGUGCGAUCACUCACUUUAAUUAAUCUUUACCACUUGGAAGAGUUUGUUGCCAAGAAAUGGGCUUCUUUUCGCGCCACUCUAACGUUUACAUAUACGUGCCCAACCUAAUAGGCUAUGCGCGUGUUGCAGCAGCCCUUUACGCCUUUGGCGUGGCUUUCACAAGUCCUGUCCAUACCGUAGCUGCCUACUUCCUAAGCUUCGUCUGUGAUGAACUUGAUGGCCGAUUUGCUCGCAUGCUUAACCAGACGUCGACGCUGGGCGCGGUGCUGGACAUGGUCACAGACAGGUUGGCCACCACGGGCCUCCUCUUGGUGGUCACCAUGAUGUAUCCCCAGUUGCACGUUGCCUGCAUCAGCCUCAUCUUCCUCGACAUCUUCAGCCAUUGGUUCCAGAUGUACGCCUCACUUGCCGUGGGAGCCACGACACACAAGGACGUCCGCAGCAAGAGCUGGCUGGUGCGCACCUACUACAGCAGCCGCCUCUUCAUGGGCUAUUGCUGCGUCAGCUGCGAGGUCCUCUACCUGGUGGUGUAUGCCUCCAAGUGGCCCCAGCUGAUGGGGUUGGUGCUGCCGCUGCCCGGGGGGGCCGCACUCACACUGCCACAGCAGCUGGCGUCUAGCGCGCCAGUGCUGCUCCGCUUCACCUCUCCCAGCGGGGGCCUGCCGCUGAUGACGCUGUUCGGGCUGCUGGCGCUGCCGGGCUUCCUCACCAAGCAGAUCUGCAACUGCGUGCAGCUCCGAACGGCCGCGGACCAGCUCAUUGCCUUUGACGCGCAGAAGCUCCAAAAGCAGCGGUGAUGAUCAACCCACAAGAGCACCAACAACAACAAUAGCAAGACCACGGUGGGGGCUCACGGUGCGGGCUCACGGUCCCUGACGUACUUUGUAUGAAGCUUGGGUCGUUGGGUGGUGUUCCGGAGACGUUUCGGGGUGCUUAUCCCGGCCCCUUGUCGAGGGAAUUUGACUUAGAGCAAGUACGUCGUGGUGAAGGAGGAGUGUCUCGCUGGGGUGGCCAGGGUGUUGGAGGGAUGUGUGGCGGGUUUUGAGGAGGAGCGGCGGUUUGCCGUCGCGUGUCGGCCGGUGGGAGCUGAAUGAAAGAAGUGGUGACUGAGAGCAGGAUCCAGGCAAGUUGGAAGUCCGGGGCCCCUUGCCUGAGGGGCCCUUUUGGUUGCGUACCUACCAUAGUGUAGUAGCAUGAAGCAGCCGGCAUGGGUACCUGAAAGCCUACCGGUAUCAGUGUGCCCCAUACGCGAUCCCACAAAGACCAAUACCGUAUCCAUGGGCGUUGGUUGUUUGCGCUCUGCGCGUACAUUGGGUUUGCGGCGUUGAUAUGCUUGGGUCUGCGCCGUUGUGUAAUCGUUUUUAAGAUCGCAGGCAGGCGGGCAAUGUGCAAGUAUAUGAGAGGCUACCCGCCCUAUGGGCACGGCCAGUUUGAACUUUUGUUCUUGCCGUGUUCGCAUAAGAAAGUGGAAGCAGGAGGUUACGACCUGGUCAUGACACGCUUGGGAUGGCCUGGACAUGCCGCUUGGAAUAACCUGGAACGUCCCCCUUGGCAUGAUGUCUAAGACAGCUUGCAUGGGAUAUACCGUACCCAUGAGCAAGGUUUUGUAGUUUGAGGAGACUGACUGUUACAGGGAUGGAGGCUUUGUUGGACGGCUGUGAGGGGUCGCUACAGGGCGAGUUGGUUUCUUAGGGGGUUUCCGAUGCCGUUCGGUUGCACUGGGCGGUUACCGGUACCGGUAAUAUAACUGGGUUCACUUAUGCUUCGCGUUGUGCGACUACAUGCCAUUUAACGUGACCUGCUAAACGUAUUUUCUAGACUUGGGUACUUUGCAAGUUGCAACCGCCUUGCAUGAGCCCUGUGUCGUCGUUUCGGGACCCCAGACCAGUCCAGACGCGGACAAGACAACCUUGCUUGUUGGCAUCUUGCGUUGCCCUGACAAGUCAGACUCUUCUGCGCACUGGCGCUUCUUCCCAACUAAGCUUGCUGCCGGUACAUGGCCUCUGGACUGACGAACCCCCCUGCAC